AUGCAAGGAACAAAAUCGGAAAACCUCCACAGGCGAAACCAGAACAAAGAAACAGAAGCUCUUGGCCUGCGAAAUGCCAGGGCCAGGCAAUCACGCCUUGAAGAAAUUGGUGGCAAGCUGGAUCGAGCCAAACAUAAGAGUAUGCGAACCAGCAAUAGUCAGAAAGCGAGGAUUCUGAGCGAACUUUCAUCGAUUCAUCGUGUGUUUGAACCAAUCUACUUGAUAAAGGACGAUCAGGAAAGAUUGGCAAAAAGUGAAUCUGCGGAGGAAAAUGGUGCGAUGCAUACAACACGAAAAGUUGAGUCUGAUGCUACCAAUGCAUUUGCAAAACAACCAAGGCUGUUAAGGAGGGCUCAAACACAAAGCAUCACAUCAUCACAAACGAAUCAACCAAACGCGGAGGAGGAUUCGCAGUGUCCUGGAGAAAAAAUCAUCAUACUGCCCGACACAAAAUGCCUUGUUAAUGAUGGAAAAAUUGGCACUCUACGUCAAAGGUCAAACAGUUGGUCUCCGCAUUCACCAUGCAGUGCACCCGAAAGUAGUUGCUGUGCAUUUCAGAGCAAACGAGAGUACAUCGCUAAACUUCGCACCGCCGUCGUAGAGCCUCGAGUGUCCAACUCGAUGUCGUCACUGACGCUGGGAUAUAUGGCCUUCAAGAGAAAUCUAAAGAACAAACGACGACCUGAGAGGAUGGCGCGAGCGUCCGGAUCCGUGGAAAGCAGGUUUAGAUCGAUUUCCUUAGACGAAACAGAACUAACUGUUAUACCUGAAUUUGCAGAAGAAAGCGAUGCCGGUGAAAAAGAAACAGUGCUCACGCCAAAAAGCUCUAUCUCCCUCAAGAGAGGCGCGAAGCAAAAAAUCGGUUUUAAUCGGCAUCUUUCGGUUCCCAAUGGCCAAAAUCAGCACUUUGUUUCUACAUUUUUAUGGCCGUCCAUGAAAUCAUCUCGUGUUCCUCGAGAAUUUAUUCGUGUUAAAAACACAGAUUUAAGAAAAGAAGACAUUAAUGGAAAUUUUAAGGGUGCCGAAGAAGGAGAAACCGAUACAGCGGACGAGUUUUUAAGGCAGAAAGUACGAUUUUCUCAAAAUAGAAGGAUCUCGUUAAGAAGGGCGUCUAAACUGAUUAAGCCGUUAGGAACAGGGUGUUUUAGUAACAGUUUCCAAGCUGUAAGUCAACUAAAAAGUGGUAAACCGUCAUGA